AGUGCACUAAGAAUAGAACACCAGGACUCUGAGUUACAGCUCAACUUGUGUCAGUCUGUCGUCACCUCUGAGCCGGACACUGUGAGAAUAAUGGAUCCUUAUCACAACCAGAGAGACACCAGAGACCAGCUCAACUCCAGCAGGGACUCUGUGAAACUCAGAGACACAUCAGCUACACCUGGAGGUGCUCCCACACCUGAGGACCCCCUCAGAGAGGCACCUGACAGCCGGACUCCACAAGCGACACCCCGGCAGCCUCAGUACAUAAACACCCCACACUCCUUCUGCUGGCUGAGAGUGUGGCGGGCCUUCUGGCUGAGAGUGAGGUGGGCCAUCUCCUGGCUGAGAGUGAGGUGGGCAUUCUUCUGGCUGAGAGUGUGGUGGGCAUUCUUCUGGCUGAGAGUGCGGCGGGCCUUCUCCUGGCUGAGAGUGAGCUCCAGUGGAUACCACAUGAUCCCACCAAACGAAGCUCGCCGACGAGAGACCCAAAUGAUUGCUCAGAAAGGUGAGGAGACUUUUCAGAAAUGGAAAGAGGCGAACAGACCCACCGCCGUGCACCUGACACCAGAGACGCUGGGUGGGAAUGUCACAGAGGCUGAAGCCAGGGCGAGGCAGUUUAAAGACUUACGCUGCUCCAAAAUCCAGAAGAAGCUGAAAAAGGAGGAGUUGGACAAAAAGAGGAGACAAGAAGAGGAGGAGGAGAACCAGAGGAAGAAAGAUAAACAGAGGGAGAUGGCUGAGCGCUGGGAGGAGAAGAGGCGACAGGAGGAUGAGAGGAGGAGGGAGCAGUUCGGGCAGGAUCACGUCAGGAAGACUGAGAAGUUUCUGCAGAGGUUUGAGAGAUCGGGUCCGCCGGUAUCCAGCAGCGCCACACACACGUCAUCGAGGAGUGAGGCCAUGGAGACUCAACAGAGACAGAAGGAGUCGAAAAGUGUGAGAGACCAACAGCUGGAACACCGGAGGGUGAACUUAGCCUUCCUGGACAGGCUCGAGGGUCAAGGCAGACGCAGUGAGAAAGAGACACAGGAGGGAGGUUUUCAGGGAGAAGAGAAUCCAGUUUUGGCACCUGAAGACUUUAGACACCAGCCGUCCAAUCAAACUGGACAACAACCCCCCCUGGCUCACCUGACCCCAGACCCAGAACAGAGCUACUCGGGCUGGACCGAAGAAUCUGACUCUGACUUUGACUGGGCCCUGAUGAAACUGAUGAACAGCUUCCCAUACUGCGACAAAGACUUCCUAGAAGGCAUCCUCAAACAAUGCGGUGGUGAUUACGAGCAGGCCUACGCACUACUUAACUGCAAUUAAAAUUUAUGUUCCUUUUAAGUGAGGGCUGUCUGUCACUGAAUAUUGUGAGUGAAGCUUAAGGAGUUGGGCCAAGUAAUAUUUGUAUACCCAGUGUUCAGAUGAUAAAGAAAAGCUAUAAGUAAGUUACCUUGGUGUUUGAUGCUUGUAAAUGCUGCCUACACUACACAGCUGCAUUAAAUAUAUACCUAUAAAGCA